AUGUCACGAUACUUGAUGGUUGUUCAUCACAGCACAUUAUCUGAUGUAUCUGUGUCACGAGUACUGCCUGUGGCUGUGUGUACCUUCUGUAGCCCAGUGUUCACCUUCACUGUGUGUACCUUCUGUAGCCCAGUGUUCACCCUCACUGUGUGUACCUUCUGUAGCCCAGUGUUCACCUUCUGUAGCCCAGUGUUCACCCUCACUGUGUGUUCUGUAGCCCAGUGUUCUUGUUUCACUGUGUGUACCUUCUGUAGCCCAGUGUUCACCUUCACUGUGUGUACCUUCUGUAGCCCAGUGUUCACCUUCACUGUGUGUACCUUCUGUAGCCCAGUGUUCACCCUCACUGUGUGUACCUUCUGUAGCCCAGUGUUCACCUUCACUGUGUGUACCUUCUGUAGCCCAGUGUUCACCUUCACUGUGUGUACCUUCUGUAGCCCAGUGUUCACCUUCACUGUGUGUACCUUCUGUAGCCCAGUGUUCACCUUCACUGUGUGUACCUUCUGUAGCCCAGUGUUCACCUUCACUGUGUGUACCUUCUGUAGCCCAGUGUUCACCUUCACUGUGUGUACCUUCUGUAGUGUUCACCCUCACUGUGUGUACCUCUGUAGCCCAGUGUUCACCCUCCUCACUGUGUACCUUCUGUAG